CUCCCCACAAUCAAAUCGCAAAAGGAAUAAAAGGAAGGAACUUUAAGAAUUAAGUACCAGCUUUAUAAAAUCUGAUGAUAAAGAAAUAUAACAAGAACUUAACUUCUACAAUGUAACAUCCUACUUUAUAAUUCACAUACAUUAUCUUCACAGUUAUACCUCAAUAAAGAAAACAAAUUUAAAUGUAAACAGGCCAGUCCCCACAGAAACAUAGUGAGAAGAAACACAGAGUUCCCAAAAGCUUAGGUUUGAGUUCACCUGUAUCUCAGUUAUAGUCUUUGAACACCAAAUUCUAUACAGUUUGCUGAGUCAAAAGCACUGAAACAUCCUCUCUCCACUUCAGCUGGAAUCCAUGCAGAUUCUUCCUCCUCUUCUGCUGAAAUCACUAUUAGCUCGUCGGCUAACUAAUUAACCAACCAUUCAGUUAGAUACAUAGAGUUUCAAAAAAACCAUUAAAGAAAAAUACAAAACUGAGAAUAGCAAAAUAUAAAUGACUCUUUCCCUAUCAUCACAUUCAAAGAAGAGGAGAAUUUGUAAAUCAUGCUGGCUGAGACAAUGGAACUAAAAGUUUGAUUAAAAUCAAAUAACAUUCCAAGUAUAAAAUUAAAAGAAAUUAGUUUUACCGCCCAAUUUCCCCUUUCUAUAAUUAACACUGCCAGAGCUUCCCUGUUGAAGAGUUAAUGCUUCAGAGUUAGGGAAAACAGCCUGCUUUCUGCCACUGAGACUCAGCUUCUCCCAACCCACACAGUGCACAUUGCCUUUUGCAAAGCAGCUGCCCUGACUACGUACCCUCAUGGAGUCUGAGUCCAGAAAACAAGAACCUAUUGAGCUACCACACCCAAUUCCAGAAACUUCUGAGUAUGGAGAGCUAUUUGUGAAUCUGCCGUGCAACCCUGCGAGUAAUUUUUGUUUUUACCGCUGCCUUGUGCCAGACCGCGUUACCAUGAGCUUGCCCCUGAACCCCAAGCCUUUCCUGAAUGGGCUGACAGGGAAGCCAGUGAUGGUGAACCUGAAGUGGGGGAUGGAGAACAAGGGCUACCUGGUGUCUGUCGAUGGCUACAUAAACAUGCAGCUUGCAAACACAGAAGAAUACAUAGAUGGUGCAUUGUCAGGACGCCUUGGUGAAGUUUUGAUAAGAGGUAACAAUGUCCUAUACAUCAGAGGAGUAGUAGAAGAAGAAGAAGAAGAUGGAGAAAUGAGAGAAUAAGUUUGUAUAUUUCUGGAAAAUAAAGAUCAGUUUUUUACACCAAAAAAAAAAAAAAACAAAACAAAACCAAGGACCCAGACCCAACUCAUUCCUACCUCUUCCCCUCACCCAACUGCAGAUCUCUUCAAGAGAUAUAUCCCUAUUAGCAUCUGGGUUACAGAAGGAUCCUGGAGUAAUUAUGCCAGUUAUCAACAAUCAUUUUAUUUUGAUGUUGUUAGUAUGUUUUACUGUUUGUUUGGUAAAUGGCAGCUGUCGUUUUAAAAGCAGGGUGGAGUACUUAUCAUAUGGCUUGUUUGAAGAAGGGGGAGAGCAACAUAUCUGAGAGCUUGCCUGUGUGUCCAGAGAGAGAAUGUCCCCUCCUGAGUAAGCUCCAAAAAGGUCAGAACUUGAUUUAAUCAACUCAUUUUUACAAAAGCAAGCCUUGUUCUCAAAGAGGUAACAAUAGGAUGUAUUGGGGAAUGGAUGCAUCAGGGCAUUGCUAAUAAGUUUUAUAUAGCCUUUCACCUACAGAUCACCAGCAUGAAUCCAGUCCAACUCAACAGGGACUAAAAGUUGUUCCCAUGUAAUGGAUGGAUAGUGAACUUAAGAAGAUGAGAAUGGUCAUACCAGCUCAGACCAAUGGUCCAUCUAGCCCAGUAUCCUGUCUUCCAACAGUGGCCAAUGCUAGGUGCUUCAGAGGGAAUGAUCAGAACAGGUAAUCAUCAAGUGAUCCAUCCCCUGUUGCCCGC